AUGGAGGAACUUCAAGAAGAGAUGCAGAUACAACAAACGCCAACAAUACAGCUCAACGUUCUUCGCGAAUCUGACGUCGUGAGAGAUAGCAAUGAGGGCCAAGGUGGGAAUGAUGCAUUUGCAAAAGAUGGUUGGGAUGGAUUUAACAAAUCGGAUAGAUUGCAGGAUCAUGUAGGCAUCCGACCUAAUAGUUUCCAAAACACGACAGUCAAAAGAUGUAACAAUUUGAUGAAGCCUGAUCAAUCCAUUGUCAAUGCUUUGAACAAGCAGAAAGACAUCACUAUAGAGGAAUAUCGUAAGAGAUUGAAUACUUCUAUUGAUGCUACUCGAUUCUUGUUGCAUCAAGGAUUAGCUUUUCGAGGUCAUGAUGAAUUAGAAGAGUCCAAAAAUAAGGGAAAUUUCCUAGAGCUAGUGGACCUUUUGGAAAAGCAAAAUGACAGCAAGGAGCAAAUGGCAGUGGUUUUGAGGUAUGUGGACAAGAGUGGGUCAAUAAAAGAAAGACUUAUUGGUCUAGUUCAUGUGAGCGAAACCUCAGCUUCAUGUCUCAAAUCUAAUAUUGAUAGUCUAUUUGGUAAGUAUGGAUUGAGCAUAAAACAAAUCAGAGGCCAAGGUUAUGAUGGAGCAAGUAACAUGAGAGGAGAGUUUAAUGGAUUGAGAGCUUUAAUCUUGAGAGAAAAUAGUUCUGCAUAUUAUAUUCAUUGCUUUGCUCAUCAGUUGCAGUUAGUCAUUGUUGCAGUAGCUAAAAAGAAUGAUGAUAUUGGUGAUUUCUUUGACAUGGUAUCUCUAUUGAUUAAUGUUGCUAGAGCCUCUUGCAAAAGGAAGGAUAUGAUUCGAGAAAGUCAACAAGAGAGAGUUGCAAAAGAAAUAGGCGGUGGACAACUUAGUACUGGAACAGAAUUAAAUCAAGAACAAUCACUUGCUAGAGCUGGUGAUACUCGUUGGUCAUCUCAUUAUAAAACUCUGAAAAGGAUAAGCAGUUUAUUCACAGAUGUUAGUGAAGUGCUCCAAUAUGUUGAAAAAGAAGGUCCCACGGAUGCCAAGAAACGUCAAGCUCGUGGCCUCAUGGACUAUCUCAAGGAUUUUGACCUUGUGUUCCACUUGCAGUAA